UAACUAAUAUUGAAUAACAAAAAUAACGAUCAUUGUUUGUGUAAUUGUCACGUGUUUGUUGAUUACUUAAAGAACAUUAUUGUCUAAACAUUAAGAAUACAAUCGGACAAGGAUCAUGAAAAUACCGGUGCUGUUCGUGUUCGCAAUUGUGUGCGGGACGGGGUGGGGACAGGUCGGCCCCAGAGCCCCAAUGGUACCCCCCGGGAUGAGACCAGAGCCAGGCCGGCCGUUCGUGACGACGUCGAGUGUCGUGCACGCCACGUGCUACUUCAACAAUACGUACACGCCCGUCAAAGGCCGCGUCGACGUCAGGCAGGACAUGCAAAUGACACCGCCGCUAAUGCAGGUUCGCGUGCAAGUUUAUGGUCUUCCGGAGAGCAUGAUGAACGACGCCGAGCACGCGAUGCACGUGCACCAGUGGGGGGACACGGCGCGCGACUGCUACAGCGCCGGGCCUCACUUCGACAUGGACGGCGUGUCCAGGCACGGCGGACCCGCCUCUAUUGAUAGGACGAUGCGCCACGACGGUGAUUUCGGGAACCUGCGUCAGACGAACAACGGAAUCAUCGACACCACGUUCAACGUACAGAACCUGAUGCUGGUCGGUGAACGGGGCAUCAUGGGUAGAUCCAUAGUGAUACACGAAGGACCUGACGAUAUGGGACGAGGACAGGCGCCGUCAAGCCGGCACGACGGGAACGCGGGCGCCCCGAUCGCCUGCUGCGUUCUGGGUCGCUCAGACGCCUGGAAUUGGAACCAUCCGUUCCUGGUCAACGGGGAGUUUCCAGCACCCGUCGGCAUAAUGGGCGGCAUCAUCGGCUAGAUGCCGCGCUUGUUCAUAUGCAAAUUAGUAUUUUUUUCCAAUGCCAUGUACGUCUUCUUAAAAUAUGUUAUGUGUUUAUUUUCUAGAAUCAUUUAUGUAAUUUUGUACAAUAAAGUCGCCCAGCUUGUAAUACAUUUACAAAAGGAAACUGAGUUGUUUUCUAUCAUUUUUUAUACUGUCUGUGCAUGUCUGUGAUAGAAACAAAAUAAUUGAAGCAUUUUAUUUUCAUAAUUUCACAGUAGAUCAACAAGGAGAUUAAAAUACCAUCAAAUUGGUACAAAGUGACUUCAAACACUCUUGAAUCACAUAAGGUACCGGAUGUACAACUAUGUAAUUUUGGAUGCCUGGUGA